ACACAGAGACAUUGUAGCAUCCGCUAAGGAACGGAGGAGUUUGACUAUGGAAGACAAGGCAAAAAGCAAGGACAGUGUGCCUGUGCAGACGGACAACGGAGGGGCUUUUCCAGCAUGUGACUAUCUGAGUAGAGAAAGCAGAGAGCCAGCAGACGGGGAGAUGAAGGUGCCGAAGAGCAUCGUAAAUGCAGAAACAAGGUGAGAUGAGGAGAAGUGAGCUAUUACAAUAACCACAAGUAAAGGAAAGAAAAUGAAAGGAGAAAAUUCCACCAUUUGGAGCUUUUUUUUCCUGGAGGGGUUUUCUCGGUAUCCCAAGCUCGAAGUCGUUCUGUUUGUCUUCAGCCUUGUAAUGUACCUGAUCACCCUCUUUGGCAACAGCACUCUGAUCUUAAUCACUGUCCUAGAUUCACGCCUUCAUACCCCCAUGUACUCGUUCCUUGGGAAUCUGUCUUUCAUGGAUAUCUGUUACACAUCUGCUUCCAUUCCCACAUUGCUGGUGAACUUGCUCUCCUCCCAGAAAACCAUUAUCUUGUCUGCGUGUGCUGUACAGAUGUAUCUGUCCCUUGCUAUGGGCUCCACGGAGUGUGUGCUCCUGGCUGUGAUGGCGUAUGACCGUUACGUGGCCAUUUGCAAUCCUCUGAGAUACCCCAUCAUCAUGAACAGGCAGAUCUGUGUGCAGAUGGCCUCUGUCUCCUGGGUGACGGGCUGCCUGACUGCUCUGCUGGAGACCAGUUUUGCCCUGCAGGUGCCCCUCUGUGGGAAUGUCAUCGAUCACUUCACAUGUGAAAUUCUGGCUGUGCUAAAAUUAGCGUGCACAAGCUCCCUGCUCAUGGACACGAUCAUGCUGGUGAUCAGUGUGCUCCUCCUGCCCAUCCCAAUGCUGUUAAUUUGCGUCUCUUAUUUCUUCAUCCUUUCUACUAUUCUGAGAAUCCGUUCAGCAGAAGGGAGGAGCAAAGCUUUCUCCACCUGUGGUGCCCACCUGACUGUAGUGAUUUUGUAUUAUGGGGCUGCUCUCUCCAUGUACCUCAAACCUUCUUCAUCAAACUCACAAGAAGUAGAUAAAAUCAUCUCAUUGCUUUAUGGAGUGCUGACCCCUAUGUUGAAUCCCAUAAUUUACAGUUUAAGGAACAAGGAAGUCAAAGAUGCUGUGAAAAAACUGCUGGACAAAAUAACGGUGUAGCAAACACAUGACAAGCUCUAACUGGUUCCGUUGGCUGGGGCUGUGCCCCUGACAGAAUUCAUCAGGGGGAUAAUGCUUCUUCAUUUGAACCUGAGCUGUGCAAUUUCACAGUUCUGAGGUAUUUGUACCUGGAGUGAUUUUUGUUUGAGGACAAUGAUAGAUUCCAGUCUGCACUUGUUUCUGGGUCCUGCCCUGCAUGUGGGGGUGCCUCU